CUUGCAUUGUUGUGUCUGGGCGAGAUUGGGAGAAGGAAAGAUCUAAGCUCACAUGUGCAUAUAGAGACUAUCAUCAUUGAGUCAUUCCAAUCUCCUUUUGAAGAAAUAAAAUCUGCAGCCUCUUAUGCUCUUGGCAAUAUUGCUGUCGGUAAUCUAUCCAAGUAUUUACCUUUUAUCUUGGACCAGAUUGAUAAUCAGCAGAAGAAACAGUACCUCUUGCUUCAUUCGCUCAAGGAGGUAAUAGUAAGGCAAUCUGUUGAUAAAGCAGAGUUCCAGGAUUCGAGUGUUGAGAAGAUACUUAAUUUGCUAUUCAAUCACUGUGAAAGUGAAGAAGAGGGGGUACGCAACGUAGUAGCCGAGUGCCUAGGUAAAAUUGCGCUAAUUGAACCAGCAAAACUUGUUCCAGCACUUAAGGUAAGGACAACUAGCUCAGCUGCAUUUACUAGAGCAACGGUGGUUAUUGCUGUAAAAUAUUCUAUAGUUGAGCGGCCAGAGAAGAUAGAUGAAAUUAUAUACCCUGUCAUCUCUUCGUUUCUUAUGCUUAUAAAAGAUAGUGACAGGCAUGUUAGGCGGGCAGCUGUUCUCGCUCUGAGUACAUUUGCACAUAAUAAGCCUAACCUUAUUAAAGGCAUUCUUCCAGAAUUGUUGCCACUUCUUUAUGACCAAACAAUGGUUAAGCAAGAAUUGAUCAGAACAGUUGAUCUUGGUCCCUUCAAGCACAUUGUAGAUGAUGGUCUUGAACUGAGAAAGGCAGCUUUUGAGUGCGUUGACACAUUACUGGACAGUUGCCUCGACCAAGUGAAUCCAUCAUCUUUUAUUGUUCCAUACCUGAAAUCUGGACUGGAUGAUCAUUAUGAUGUUAAAAUGCCUUGUCAUCUAAUCCUCUCAAAAUUGGCGGAUAAAUGCCCAUCUGCUGUACUAGCAGUGUUGGAUUCGUUGGUGGAUCCUCUGCAAAAGACAAUCAAUUUUAAGCCUAAGCAGGAUGCUGUCAAGCAAGAAGUAGAUCGCAAUGAAGACAUGAUUCGAAGUGCUCUGCGGGCAAUUGCAUCCUUGAAUCGCAUAAGUGGCGGAGACUGCAGUAUUAAAUUCAAGAACCUAAUGAAUGAAAUUCAGAAGUCUCCAACACUGUGGGACAAGUAUUAUUCCAUCCGGAACGAGUGAUGGACAUACUGAGCACUGGCAGUUACGACGUGCUAAUUCGACAUUUGCAAGGAA